AUGGCCGCCUCACUUGGUCGUCGUUCUGUAGCAGACUUUUACACACCUUUUACCUUAUCCCUAUAUGGACUCUAUGUCAUUCGCAUUUCCCUUCCCCUAAUCUGGGGCUGUUCUGCGCAAAAGCACCUAGGUCCUUUGUUUUCCAAGAACUUCUCCAAAAGACAUCUCGAUAUUGGUGUUGGAGAUGGCUAUUUCCCAACAAGGGCCCUAAAGGAGGCUGGCCGCAAGCCAGAGUCCCAGCAUCUUACUCUCGUCGACUUGAGUGAGCAUUCUCUUGCGGCCACUAAGCGACGUAUCUUGUCCCGCUACCCUGAGGUGGAUAUUCGCUGUGUCCUUGCGGACGCGGUCAAACCGUUCCCUGAUACGCUCCAGAAUGAGAGACAGAAUCUUCGGGUGGGAUCCCCAGCGGUAUCAGACAUUGAUAUCUGUGGCAUCGGGCUUCGUCUUCCUGGAGGUAUCCGUAACUGUGAAGAUUACUGGAACCUUCUGUACAAUGGCCUUGAUGCCAGAGGUCCCGUCCCUAGCAGCCGCUACAAUAACGGUGGUUUUGACGACAGCCUCGGUGGGAUUAAUGCCAUCAAGUUCAAGCAUGGCUAUUUCCUCGACGAAGAUCUCUCGUGCCUCGACACAUCCUUCUUCACCAUGGCUAAGGGAGAGGUUGAUAGAGUCGAUCCACAGCAGCGACUCCUGCUUGAAGUCACUCGAGAGUGCCUUGAGGAUGCAGGGGAAGUUGAUUACCGUGGAAAACAAAUCGGUUGCUAUGUCGGUACCUUUGGCGACGAUUGGCUGAUAACAAGGAUGAAGGACCCUCUCGAUGGAGGGCUGCAUGCUGUUACUGGUUAUUGUGAUCUCAUGAUGGCGAACCGGAUUUCAUUCGAAAACGAUUUCCGAGGCCCCAGUCUAGUCCUCAAAACAGGAUGUUCUAGCUCAGCAGCAGCAUUUCAUGGAGCCUGUCGCGCUAUCCAGAGGGGUGACGCAUCAAGUGCAGUUGUAGGAGGUGCCAGCAUGAUCGCUACUCCAGCCCUCACAGCCACCAUGUCAGCAGGUGCAGUGUUGGCUCCAGACGCGUCCUGUAAGACCUUUGAUGCUGCAGCCAAUGGUUAUGCAAGGGCAGAAGCGAUCACAGCCAUCUAUGUCAAGCCUGUGGCUGAUGCUCUCCGAGAUGGCAACCCCAUCAGGGCUAUUGUUAAGGCCACUUCGCUGAACUGCGAUGGAAGAAGCACCAGCCUCAUUACUCCGAAUGGAGCUGCACAUGAGGCUCUGAUGAGGAAAGCUUACCGUGACGUCGGGUUAGAUCCCAAGGAUACGGCUUUUGUUGAGUGUCACGGAACCGGCACACCCACAGGUGACCCUAUUGAGACUAGAGCAGUAGGAGAGGUCUUUGGAGGGGAGAAAGGGGUAUACAUCACGUCGGUCAAGCCGAAUAUCGGACAUACAGAAGGUUCUGCGGGAUUGUCAUCCAUUAUCAAGUGUGUUCUGGCUCUUGAGCACAAGACAAUCCCACCGAAUAUCAAGCUGAACAACCCCAACCCUGCCGUUCCGUUUGCCAAGUACAAUUUGAGAGUUCCGCUUGAGCCAACACCCUUCCCAUCGGAUCGAAAACAAAGGGUUAGCGUCAACUCUUUUGGCAUUGGGGGAAGCAAUGCUCAUGUCAUUCUCGAAUCUGGUCCAUCGAAGCCAAACCCAGUACCACAGACCAGAGAGAUUCAACAAGCUGUCCAACCUAAACUACUUCUUCUUUCGGCCAAUACGGAAGGCUCACUCAAAACACACAUCAAGAACCAUCUAGAAUGGGCCGUCAGCCACCCAGAGUCUACCGCCGAUGCUGGCUAUACUCUUGCGAAGCAUAGAGAACAUCUACCGCAUAGAGCAUCUAUCGUCCUUCAACCAGACAAGUCCAUCGAGACUUCGGAACUACUCAAAGUUCAUCCUGCACCACUACCACUCGUGCUUGUAUUCAGUGGGCAAGGUGCGCAAUGGCCCGGCAUGGUGAGAAAGCUCAUCGAGAACGAUCAGCUAUUUCGUGAUGAUUUGCUCAAGAUGGAUCAAGUACUGAAGGGUCUCGAGUUUCCUCCGUCCUGGAAUUUUAUAGAUGAACUUUGCAAACCUGCCGACACAACGCAAGUGCACAAGUCAGAACUAUCCCAGCCGCUAUGCACAGCGGUUCAGAUGGCACUCUUCAACAAGUUCCUUGCUUUAGGACUUCCAUUCACGGCUAUCGUUGGGCACUCCAGUGGCGAGAUAGCUGGUGCGUACUCCGCACGACAUAUUUCCAUGGAAGAAGCCAUAAUUAUUGCCUAUUAUCGUGGCUAUGUGAUGACAAAGCAAACUCGCCAUGGCAGCAUGGCAGCUGUUGGAAUGGGAGCUGAGGAGGUCUCUCGGUUUCUCUCGGACGGCGUUGUUGUGGCCUGUGAAAACAGUCCAGACAGUGCUACUAUCUCUGGAGAUUCCGACAAAGUAGCUCGCGUUAUCGAAUCCAUCAAGGAGAGCUCAUCUGAUACGCUUGCUCGCCUUCUCAAAGUUGACAUGGCGUACCACUCAGAUCACAUGGUGGCUUUGAGUGUUGAGUAUCACAAACUCCUUCAAUCCGAGCUUUCAAAACUUGCACCUUAUGCGCAGUCAAACAAAGCCGUUAUGUUCUCUUCUGUCACCACCGACACAGUGACACAGAAGGAUGUUCGCAAUGCAUCUUAUUGGGUUCAAAAUCUGAUUUCCCCAGUCAAGUUUUCAUCCGCUGUGUCCAAUAUACUCGCAAUAGAGAAGGAGUGUAUCUUUCUGGAGAUUGGACCACAUUCAACUCUGGCUGGCCCUCUUCGGCAGGUCUGCUCAGCCACCUCUCUACCAUUCCACUAUAUCUCCGCACAAAGUCGUGGUAAAGACUCCUUUGCUACAUAUCUUUCUGCUGUGGGAAAGCUGUACCAGCAUGAUGUGCCCCUUGACCUAACAUCACUAUUCCGCGAUGCCAAAGCAAUACCAGGACUCCCUACCUAUCCUUGGGAGCACAAAGAGUCCUUUUGGCAUGAGAGUCGAAUAUCGAAGGCUUGGAGAACUCGUCAGUAUCCCCAGCACUGUCUUCUUGGGGCGCGAAACUUUGAAGGCCCAGAGUCUGAGUCUCAAUGGCGCAAUAUUGUCAACAUUGAAGAUUUGCCCUGGAUUUCAGAUCACAAGGUGCAUGAUGACGUGGUCUUCCCGUUGGCUGGAUAUGUCGCUAUCGCCGGCGAAGCUGUCAGGCAGAUUUCUCAUGCUCCGCCUGGAUCUGGAUACCGGCUGCGUCAUGUUAUUGCCCAUGAAGCACUGCUGUUAACUGAUGCGGUGGAAAUGUCGACUUGCUUCCGCAACCAUCGACUCAAUGAUAUCGAGGACUCGACUUGGUAUGACUUUGUGAUAUCCUCAUACAAUGGUUCGGCUUGGAUCAAGCAUUGCACUGGCCAAGUGACUACACUUGACCGGGCUAGGGUCUGUGAAUGGACUCCAAAAGUGCUCCCUCGGGAAGUUAGCUGUUCACGUAUGUAUGAGCAGUUGGCUCAGAUUGGCUUCCCAUUAGGCCCCGAGUUUCGCCGUUUGGUCAGCGCCACCUCAGCGACUUCAGAAGAGCUGGUAUACGCCAAGAUCAAGAAUAGAGAAUUGGAAAGUCCAUUCUUGUACACUCUCCACCCCGCUACGAUCGACGCUGCUAUCCAGUUACAAUUUGUUUCGCAAGCUCGAGGUCUCCCCGGGCGCAUUAUCGACCUCUGUGUACCUACGGCUAUUGAGGAACUUGAGGUGAACUCAGGCUCAGGUAUCAUAGAUGCCAAAGUAUGGAGGUUACACGGCCUGGAACCAUGUGUUGAGCUUGCGGCAGACGGUAAAGUUGUGUUCCAUGCUUCGGGUACCCGACUUCAUCGUCUAGGCGACGGCACAUCUUCUGAUGUGCUUGGUCUUCAUGCCACAGCAAGACUCAACUGGCUUCCUCAUAUUGACUUUGUUGAUGUCUCAACAUUAUUUGAUCCACCAUCCUUUGAGAGGCAGCACAAUCGUUUGCAAGAAGAACUGGCCUAUCUCUGCAUGUUGAAGACCGCAGAGAAGAUCCGGUUCCUGGAGCCCUGCCAGCCUCACUUCAUCAAAUUCCGAGAAUGGGUUGAUAGGCACAUUGAGCUUGCAAAGGUAGAGCAUGAAGGACUAUUGAGCGAGUCUCAGCCUCUUUCUUUUGACUCUUCCGCGGACAUAGCUUCGAAGAUAGAGGAAAUUACAGGUCAACUGUUGCAAACACCAAGAAGGCCUAUUGCCACUGGACUUCGACGUGUCGUUGAUAACAUCGAAGGGAUCUUUACUGGAAAGACUACAGCCAUCGAAACACUUCUUCGGGAAAACAUUCUGGCGGAUAUUUACGGUUUCGGCUCUUUUGAUUACUCCCCAUUCCUACGUGUUUUGUCGCACACUCGCCCAACCCUCAAGAUUCUUGAAGUUGGCGCUGGAACAGGAGGGACAACAGAGACCAUUCUUCGAAACAUGGUUGACAAUCAACUAAUCCCGGCUUAUUCUGUCUAUACCUUCACCGAUAUCUCCGCUGGCUUCUUCCCAGCAGCCAAGGAACGAUUCUCGUACGCCCCAAACAUAGAAUUCAAAGUGUUGGACAUUUCUCAGAACCCUCUUGAACAAGGCUUUCAAGAGGAUACAUAUGAUGUUAUCAUCGCAGCUAACGUUAUUCACGCCACUCCCUCGCUGCACCAGACACUACAUAACAUCCGAAAGCUCCUGAAGCCGGACGGAAGGCUUGUUAUGACGGAGUUGUGCAGCCUGUGGCGCUCAAUCAACUACAUAUUUGGCACCUUUUCUGGCUGGUGGCUAGGAGAGGAUGAUAAUCGCAGAGACCAGCCUUACGUUCCUGUAUCACGAUGGGACGAGGAAUUGAAGGCCAGUGGUUACAAUGGGGUGGACACCGCUGUUUACGAUGAUGAAGAGUCACAGGCGCAUUGUGCUGUCAUUGUGGCCAGAAAAGAGCCCCCUGCGAGUGCCAAGCCUACUUCCGUUUCCCUUCUAGCCCAGGACCCCGAGGGUCAUAUUGCUUCUAUAAUUGUUGCUACCUUGAAGGGGGGCGGCUGGAGUGUUUCCUAUCAUCACUUGGGUGACCAUAUUCCUGAGGACCAGGCUAUCAUCUCAUGCCUUGACCUAGAAGCAGCUUUCUUUGAAGAUGUUCCAAAAGGCAAAUUCACUGCCCUUCAAAACUUCGCACGAUCUGCUGGCACAAGAACUAUCUUGUGGCUCAUACUCCCAACUCAAGCCAACUGUUCCAACCCGUCAUCGGGCCAGACACUUGGUGUUACUCGUACUCUCCGUUCCGAGCUAGGUCUCAACCUUUUCAUGCUGGAGGUGGACCCGCAUGGAGACUUCUUCGGCUCCUCAGUCUUCAAGAUCUUUGGGCGAGUGACGAGAGAUCAGGACAUUGAGAAUCUUGAGCCGGACAGGGAAUACAUUGUCAAAGACGGAGUAAUUUGUGUCGGAAGAUACCAACCUAUUCCGUUGAUCGAAGCAGUAGCAGACAAGUCUUCCGGCGUCGAGAACAUGAAGAAGCUUCAUAUCGAUCAGCCUGGUAUUCUUGACACAAUGGAGUGGAAGACAUACUCCCUUCCCAAGGUCCUGGCUCAGGACGAAGUGGAAAUCGAAGUUCGCUCCGCUAGUCUAAACUUCCACGACGUUGUUUUUGCUAUGGGCCUGGUUCCUUCUGAUGCCAAGGAAGUCACAAUCGGAUUGGAGGUAUCCGGCACAGUCAGACGUGUUGGAAGUGCGGUAACACACUUGGCCGUUGGUGACCAUGUUAUGGCCUUAUGUCCGAACGGCGGCCUCGCAACACAUGUUGCACUUACGCAUCACUAUGUACACAAACUACCCGAAGGCAUGAGCUUCGAAGAAGCUGCGACUUUUCAGUGCUGCUAUUCCACAGUCAUCUACGCCUUACUCGACGUGGGGAGAAUGCGCGAAGGAACAAGUGUUCUGAUCCACUCCGCUUGUGGAGGUGUUGGCUUGGCUGCCAUCCAAGUUGCUCAAAUGAUGAAUGCAGAGAUAUAUGUGACUGUAGGAAGCGAGACAAAGAGAGACUACUUGGUCGAGCAUUACAACAUCCGGCAAGAUCGCAUCUUCAACUCACGGGAUGAUUCAUUUCUAGGUGGCCUAAUGAAGCAAACAAGGGGCAAAGGAGUCGACCUGGUUCUCAAUUCUCUCAGCGGUGAGCUAUUGCAUGCCUCUUGGAGGUGCGUGGCACAAUAUGGCACUAUGCUGGAACUUGGGAAACGUGACCUUGCUGCGUUCGGUCAGCUGGAUUUGAGAAGGUUUCUCGAAAACCGAUCAUACUGCGGUUUUGAUAUGAAGGACCUCAUGAGGGACCGUCCAUUUCUCGUCAGGGAUGUAAUUGAGAGGACCCUCAAAUUCUACGGACAAGGGAAGCUGAAAGCAGUCAAGCCUAUCACUGAAUUCCACGCCAACGACGCCAAGAAAGCCUUCCGCUAUCUUCAGGGUGGUAACCAUAUGGGUAAGGUAACCCUCACCAUACCCACAGAUACAUCGACCAUCAAGGCCAAGGCGCGCACACCCAAGGUUCACCUCGACCCGCUCGCAUCUUAUUUACUUUUAGGUGGCUUUGGAGGACUUGGGCGAGGUUUGGCUGUUUGGCUAGCUGAAAACGGCGCCAAGAGUCUUGUCAUCCUUUCCCGCGGCGGCGGAGUCGACAACAACGUUUCACAAGAGCUUGAGUCCAUGGGAUGCACAGUUGCUGUGGUCAAGGGCAGCGUCAUUAAGCUUGAAGACGUAAAAGAGGCUGUCACCCAAGCGCCAAGCCCUAUUAAAGGUGUCUUCAAUCUUGCCAUGGUGCAAAAAGACUCGCCAUUCAUUGACAUGCAGUGGACGGAUUGGAACGAUGUCAACGAACCAAAGGUCAGAGGUACUUGGAACCUUCAUGAAGCCCUGCAUGAUCAACCGCUGGAUUACUUCUGGCUAGCAAGCUCUGUCGUCACUGUUGUGGACCAGCCUGGCCAGGCAAACUACAAGGCUGGGUGUAUAUUCAUGGAGUCGUUUUGCCAGUACAGACACUCUCUCGGCCUCCCUGCAUCGGUACUAUCAAUCUGUCCUAUUGGAGACGUUGGGUUUGUUGCAGAGAACCCUGCUGCGCUGCGAAGCGUCAAACUGCAGGGCCAAUACACCCUAAGAGAGAAGGAGUUUUUGGAGUGUUUUGAGGCUUCGCUCCUAAACUCGAUGCCCAGGGGAACUUCUGCUGGCAACUUCAAGAAUCUCUCUUCGGGGGCGUACUUGCCCUGGAAUAGUAGCGGCCACAUGAUAAUGGGUUUGAAGUCUCAUCUUCACCUUGACGAUCCCAAGAACCCAGCCAACUGGCGUCGCGAUCGACGAAUGGGCUUCUACCACAAUAUGGCAACCGAGGGCGCAUCCAGCACUGCAACGGAGAGUAGUCAGCUCAAACUAUUCCUCGAAAGCCUUUACGAAGACGGCGGAUCUAGUAUUCUGGAGAAGGAAGAGUCUAUCGAGUUUCUGGCCUGCGAGAUUGGCAACAAGAUCAAUGAGUUUCUUCUCCGGCCCGGCUCUUCCAUUGACACAAGUCUCCGACUUGCAGACAUGGGGCUGGACUCUCUUACCACUAUUGAGUUGCGGAGAUGGUUUCGUCAAGCUUUUGGGCUGCAGGUCAGUGUGCUGGAGAUGAUGGGUGCAGCUUCGUUAAAGCAACUUGCAGAAACGGUAGCAUCAAGGCUUGGAGAGAAGCUUAUCUAG